GCUCAGUUCUUCGUCGUUCGCGCUGCCUGAAUGUUGUUGCCUCCUGCGGUCGAACGGGAUUUUUGGGCAGGAAUCGAGUCCAAUCGGAACGGAUCGGAUCGCGCUGAAUAAAAACACGUUUCGCCCCUGAACAAGAUACACUUUAGCGUAUUCCUGGAGUACGCGCCACCAUCUGGGGUUUCGGUUCUCUCCCGUGGAAUCGCCAAAGCCGUCGCCCUCGCCCUUGUGGCGCAUUUGAAUAGCUGGCGUUGUUUGUUUGUUUGCUGGCUGCCUCAACCAUAACAAAAAAUAACAAAGAAGGCGCGAGCACGAGUCUCUGAGUAGCUGAGUAUCUGAGCGUUCGAGUCUAAAAAAGUAUCUAAUUUGCCAGGGAGCGGGACGGUAAAGCAUCUAUUCUGGCAGCGGCCAAAAAGACAUAAUGCUAGUAAACCAAAAACACGUUUUAUGCCGUUUGUGUUUUGCUCUUCUCGGAAAAAACCCUCAUCCCAACCGAAAUCCAAAGAGCUGAGCUGAGAGCUGAGAACUGAGAGGAACAACCAAUAUUAUUCACGUACUUCCAAUGCAGAUGCCAAUCCUCAGUGUAUUCAAUUAAUUCGGAGCAUUCGCCGAGGCCACAAACACACAUCACAAGCCAAGCUGAAAAGCCAAGCAAAUAGCAAAUCAAUUGAGCCAAAUGCUGACGCCUUAUGCCAGUAGCAAGAGCGCCAAGAACUAAACGGAUUCUCAAAGGAAACCCCACAAACUAGAGCCAUGAACGAGCUGCAGGCCUCCAGUGUCCCACUGGUGGACAAGUGCUCCUCCCACGCCGUCAUACUGCCGGCAGCUAAGAGCCCCAACAAAGUCUCCGAUUCGGCGGCCACGACGGCACCCAACGCGGUGCUCUACACAACCGAUAACAUGUCCCUAUCCACGCUCUCUACGGGCACCAGCAACCCGAAUCCCAAUCCCAGACAGGAGCCGGUGCCGCUCCUCAGCCAACUGAAGUUGACCAACGACCUCAAGCAGAACAGCCACGGGUCCCAGAACAACCUUUGCAACGGCGGCUUGGGCGGCAACAACCAUGCCUUGGCCCCCAAGGUGGCCAACAACAGCGGUGGAAGUCCCAAUGGCCAGAAGAAGGGCACCAUCGCUCUGUCCCAUCUGCCGCAAAGGCCGCCAGUGGACAUCGAGUUCUGUGAUAUCUCCUACUCGGUCGCCGACGGACAUCGGCGUGGAUUCAAGACUAUCCUCAAGAGCGUAUCGGGGAAGUUCCGCAAUGGCGAGAUCACGGCCAUUAUGGGACCCUCCGGAGCCGGAAAGAGCACGCUAAUGAACAUCCUGGCGGGCUACAAGACCUCCCAGCUAAGUGGAUCAGUGCUGAUUAAUAGCAAGGAGCGGAAUCUCCGGCGCUUCCGCAAGCUCUCCUGCUACAUCAUGCAGGACGAUGUGCUCAUCGGAAACCUGACUGUGCGCGAGGCCAUGAUGGUGGCCGCCAACCUAAAGCUGGGCAAGAACAUGAUCAGCUACGCCAAGGUAGUGGUGGUCGAGGAGAUCCUCGAGACGAUUGGCCUAAAGGAGUCGGUGAACACACUGACCUGCAAUCUGUCCGGUGGCCAAAGGAAGCGUCUGUCCAUUGCCCUGGAAUUGGUCAACAAUCCACCCGUGAUGUUCUUCGACGAACCCACCUCUGGACUGGACAGCUCCACCUGCUUCCAGCUCAUAUCGCUGCUGAGAUCGUUGGCCAGAGGAGGGCGCACCAUAGUCUGUACAAUCCACCAGCCGUCGGCCCGUCUUUUCGAGAAGUUCGACCAUCUGUAUUUGCUGGCCCAGGGACAGUGUGUCUACGAGGGCAGAGUGAGGGGUCUGGUGCCGUACCUCUCAUCGCUGGGCUACGAAUGCCCUUCGUAUCAUAACCCUGCUGACUAUGUCCUGGAAGUGGCCUCUGGCGAGUACGGAGAUGCUGUUCCCAAGCUGGUGGAGGCGGUGAAGAGUGGGGCUUGCAAGAAGUACUCACAAAAGGACUACGGAGUCAUGCUGGCCCAGAAGAGCUGCAACAACGACAUAAUCAAGGGAAGUGGCAGUGGAGCCGAUAACACAGCAGCCACCUUGACCCUGGAGGAUGAGAAGCCCCCGUUGGAGGACAGGCAGCUGGAAUCCUCGAUCCUCGUUGAGGAUCCCGCGGAGCUGAAACCACCGAAGCUGGAGACGCAGCAGUCUCAAAACUCCGACUGCAGCGUGGUCAAUAUGCCAACGACCGCAGUGGACGACAGUUGCAGCUUUAGCUCCUCGAAGGGCACCCACAAUGCGGUAGGUUCGGGAUCAGGUGGGCCCAGCGCCGUUGUGGGGUGCAUGACCUCGCUGCUGGAUUCACAUGAGAGUGUCGUUACGUUGCCCAACAAGACGGGAUUCCCCACCAGCGGUUGGACGCAAUUCUGGAUCCUGCUCAAACGCUCGUUCCGCACCAUCCUGCGCGACAAAAUGCUGACCCACAUGCGGCUCUUCUCGCACGUCAUCGUCGGAGCGAUCAUCGGAAUGAUCUACUACGAUGUGGGCAACGAGGCCAGCAAGAUCAUGAGCAACGCGGGAUGCAUCUUCUUCGUCUCCCUGUUCACCACCUUCACGGCAAUGAUGCCCACCAUCCUGACCUUUCCCACCGAAAUGUCAGUGUUCGUGAGGGAGCAUCUCAACUACUGGUACUCCCUGAAGGCCUUCUACUUUGCCAAGACCAUAGCGGACAUGCCGUUUCAGAUCGUCUUCUCCAGCGUCUACGUCCUGGUGGUGUACUACCUCACCUCGCAGCCGAUGGAAUUGGAGCGGGUCUCGAUGUUUGUGCUCAUCUGCGUCUUGAACUCGCUGGUGGCACAAUCGCUGGGCCUGCUGAUCGGAGCGGGGAUGAACAUCGAGACGGGGGUGUUCCUUGGCCCCGUGACGACUAUACCCACGAUAUUGUUCUCCGGGUUCUUUGUGAACUUUGACACCAUUCCGGGCUACCUACAAUGGGUCACAUACGUCAGCUAUGUGCGGUAUGGUUUCGAAGGUGCAAUGGUGGCCAUCUAUGGAAUGGAUAGGGCCAAGAUGCAGUGCAACCAAAUGUACUGCCAUUAUCGAGUGCCCAAGAAGUUCCUCGAAGAGAUGUCCAUGGAUAAUGCCCUGUUCUGGGUGGACGCCGUUGCCCUCAUCGGAAUCUUCUUCGCCCUGCGCAUCAUCGCCUACUUCGUGCUGCGAUGGAAAUUGCACAUGAUCCGCUAAGCGGACGGUCCGUGGGAUUUGUUCAUAGUCUAGGGUUAUCAUUAUCACCAUAUGUUAGAGAUCACCUGUACAUAGAGAGGGUUGGGGCUAGUUCGAAAGGAGAGUGGGACCCAGAGGGAGCAGGAUUGUAGCUAGGCGUAGCUUUACCGCAUUCUUUAACUUCUCCCGUCGGGCUUUGUACGUUUAUACAGACAGAAACAGACAGAAAGAAGCAAACUCAUCGCAUAGGUAUCCAGCAGACGAUUCUAAAUAUAUACCCAUGGAUAUAUAUACACCCAUACAGUAGCUGUUCUGCAAACCAAUCAGAAGGAAUUUACAUAGAACUAUAUAUAAAUAGGAAUACCCACGUAGAGCCCCACUUACUCACACUUAAUCGAGGUAUAAUUCUUGUGACCAAGCAGAAAAGAGUCUGAACUUAAGUAGGUUGAAAACAUAACAAAUUGUAGACAAGAUCCUUCAGAGCAGAAUUCAGGAUGCGACUUUCUCCCAACGUUCUUUACUCCGUCCCUAAGUUGUACUCUCAAACUUUCUUUCUGCGAGAAAAGAGACCACCUUUCUCUACUCUUCUUUGGCAAUCAGUUUCGAACCCAGAAAGGAUCCGGUGUGCACUCAGAGGAGGUUAGGGCAGUGUGGAGAGCGGAAGCGGAAACGAACACGAAACGGUAACCAUUCCCUUGUGAUAGAAAGCGGUGCAGUCCGGGUUGGGGCUUUUCCAUUUCCCGGACAGGGGAGGCAGACAGACGAAUGUGAGGAGGGAGGGGACCUGGCCAACUGGUGAUAUAAAGCAAUUACUAUUAUUACGGUGGGAAGCAAUCGGAUUUGUGUUAGCUACGCGUAUUUGUGAUUAUUACAUUUUAAUUUAGUACAUGUUUAGUUUAAUUUUAUACGUCUACAUUUGUCAUGCCAAAAUAAAUGCAAUUUUCGUUUAAACCGCACACCCUCCUUCCUUCUGAAGCCCUCCCAGUUAUUUUUUUAGUAUUACCCUUGGAUUAUCGGAGUGAUUAAGGAGACAAGUUUAACUCGGUGGCGACAUAUUCAGACUCCUUUAAGGAGGACACUGUAGCAUUGUAAUUGUUAUCAAGCAAUCUGUUGAAGACGCCCCCGGAUUUAUCUGUUGUAUAUGGUGUAUUGUAUAUUUCGGUAGUUCGUAGCGCAUGUUAUUCUGUACAUUAAAGUUAAAGAAUGGUCAUUCUUGUACACAAA